AUGGGCCUUGCACCACAGGCUGGUCUUCAAGCUUCAAAUCUACCUUACACGUCUCUUGCCCAGACUUAUAAUUAUACGGCGGCUCCAAGUGAAGAUGUAUUCCAAGUCGCAGCUUCACAGAAUUUUGGGCAGCCACAGCCACAAACAGGACAAGGAAUUUCGUCGGAGCCUUCUGGAGCUUUAUUCCCAUACAACCGUACUAUUAGGCACCAACAGUGGCCUUCAGUCUGUCCUGUAGCUGACAGUCAAGCCGACCACCAGACAACUGCCAAUGAUGGCAGAUUAAGUAAAUAUUUCCCUCCUCUCAAUUCUGCGACAAACGCUAGCCCUGUAAUCAACAGCGACUCGCGUGCCAUCGAAGAAAGUCCACGCACUCCAGAGAAUAUUUGUGGGCAAGGAGGUAAUGCUUCCCCUCCCUUGUCAAUAGUAUUACCUCCUCCCAACGAUGGCACGCCUAAAGGUCCAUCAAACACACCAGGCGUAACCCCGCCCACGUACCUCCCGCAGCAGAGCGUUUCAUCUACCGAAUCUAACAGAGGCGAUGCUUCACUCUCUCCUCGUUCUCGAAUAGAUGAUUUUGAAAUCAGGUCUGUCCUAGGCUGGGGUGGCUUUGGUGUCGUCUUCAAAGCUUAUGUUUCACUUGAUGACAACGAAUACGCAGUCAAGAGGAUUCCUUUGCCCAACAAAGAACGCAACAAAGAGCGCGUGCUGCGUGAGGUUCGGGUGCUAGCCAAACUAAACCACAACAACAUCGUUCGCUACAACGGCUGCUGGACAGAGACUCACUCUCCUGAAUACAUCGAGAAUUUCGACUUGCAAUGGAAACAAAAGAUGGACAAGAAAGAAUUCCUUUCAUCAUACCAGUCCCCUGAAGUCUAUACAAAAAGUCCUACCGACACUAACCUCAUGUCAGGGGACCAGCCCUCGGCACCUGUUGCAUCUCCAUCUGACGAUGUUGUGUCUGGAAAUCCCCUCGCCAGGGGGCGUUUCAAUGUGCCUCAUUCAAAAGACUCUAAAAAUCAGUCUUCCAAAAUUGGCAACGAGUCUUCUUUCACAGUUGAUUUCGAUGAGGGGUCUUCAGGAAUUAUAUUUGCAGACUCAUCCAAGCCUGAGCUCGAAGAAGAUGGAUCCUUCCACAAUCACGUCUCUGAGUCCAAUGACAGCGGUGGAAAUUCUCAUAGUUUUACUUUUAAUCAGGAGUCAUCAUUUAUUCAAUCUAAGGACGAUUCGCAACUUGAUGAGGAUUUUAAUUAUAACUCAGAAAAGAUGGACAAUGAUUCAUCAAGCAGCGGUAGCAGCGCGGCUUCAUGUGAAGAUGUGGCCGCUGAAAAUAAUGGUUUGACUUCAGCUGGAAGUCAGAGCGACUCGAUUCUGUUUAAAGAUUCCACACGGCCUGACUUCAGCGAAAUUAAGGAAAAUGGGCGUCGCGCUUCAAAUAUUGGGGAAGAGGAUGAAAACAAUGCCCUAGCCCGACCCGAAACACUCAACCUUUCCGACAGUUUACCAAGCUUGUCCCAAGCACGCUACGCCAAAAGGUCUCGUAAGAACUCGAGAGGGCCCCAAGAUUACCUGUAUAUUCAGAUGGAGUUGUGUGACCCCAAGACACUCAAAGACUGGCUGAUGCAGAACACGGAAAGACCUAAGACAAAGGUCCUUAAAUUUUUCCUCGAUAUCGUAAAUGCUGUGGAACACGUGCAUGACAAACAGAUGAUGCACAGAGAUCUCAAGCCGUCGAACAUUUUCUUCAGUCUUCAUCAAGAGGAUGUCUUAAAAGUCGGGGAUUUGGGUCUGGUGACUCACAUUGCUGACGAGGACAGCGAUGGCCACAGCGCUCGUACGCC